AUGACGCCUGCAAGUGCAACGGCUGGAAGAACCCCAACCCUCCCACUGCCCCCCGCAUGGACCUGCAGCAGCCGGUGACCAACCUGAGCGAGCCCUGCCGGAGCUGCGGCCAUGCACUGGCGGACCACGUGUCCCACCUGGAGAACGUCUCGGAGGAGGAGAUCAACCGGCUGCUGGGUAUGGUGGUGGACGUGGAAAACCUCUUCAUGUCAGUGCACAAGGAGGAGGACACGGACACCAAGCAGGUGUAUUUCUACCUGUUCAAGCUUCUGCGGAAGUGCAUCCUGCAGAUGAGCCAGCCUGUGGUCGAGGGGUCCCUGGGGAGCCCCCCCUUUGAGAAACCAAACAUUGAGCAGGGAGUCCUGAACUUCGUCCAGUACAAGUUCAGCCACUUGCCACCCAAGGAGCGGCAGACCAUGUACGAGCUCUCCAAGAUGUUCCUGCUCUGCCUCAACUACUGGAAGCUGGAGACACCGUCCCAGUUCCGGCAGCGCUCCCAAAACGACGAUGUGGCCACCUACAAGGUCAACUACACGAGGUGGCUGUGCUACUGCCAUGUGCCUCAGAGCUGCGACAGCCUUCCCCGCUAUGAGACCACCCACGUCUUCGGGCGCAGCCUCCUGAAGUCUAUCUUCACGGUCACCCGCCGGCAGCUUCUAGAGAAGUUCCGGGUGGAGAAGGACAAGCUGGUGCCGGAAAAGCGGACACUGAUCCUCACCCACUUCCCCAAGUUCCUGUCCAUGCUGGAGGAGGAGAUCUAUGGUGAGAACUCUCCGAUCUGGGAGGCUGAUUUCACCGUGCCAGCCACAGAGGGUGCCCAGCUGGUGUCUCGCCCAGCCGCGGUCAGCACCGUUGCUGUGCCCACCACUCCACUCUUCAGCAAGAAGCUCAGCAACAGCAGCUCUGCCGCGAGCAUGGAUGCCAGCACUCCAGAGCCCCUGCCAGGGGAGAAGCGGAAGCUGCCCGAGAGCCUGACGCUGGAAGAUGCCAAGCGGAUCCGCGUCAUGGGAGACAUCCCCAUGGAGCUGGUGAACGAGGUCAUGCUGACCAUCACGGACCCCGCUGCCAUGCUGGGCCCCGAGACCAGCCUGCUGUCAGCAAAUGCGGCACGGGACGAGACGGCCCGACUGGAGGAGCGCCGUGGCAUCAUUGAGUUCCACGUCAUCGGCAACUCACUCUCGCAGAAGUCCAACAAGAAGAUCCUGAUGUGGCUGGUGGGCUUGCAGAAUGUCUUCUCACACCAGCUGCCCCGCAUGCCCAAGGAGUACAUCACUCGCCUCGUCUUCGACCCGUGCGUGGCUCGGGGGGGAUACGGGACGCACCUGAUGAACCACCUGAAGGAGUACCACAUAAAGCACAACAUUCUCUACUUCCUAACCUACGCGGACGAGUAUGCCAUCGGCUACUUCAAGAAGCAGGGCUUUUCCAAGGACAUCAAGGUCCCCAAGAGCCGCUACCUGGGCUACAUCAAGGACUAUGAGGGGGCGACCCUGAUGGAGUGUGAGCUGAACCCCCGCAUCCCCUACACCGAGCUCUCCCACAUCAUCAAGAAGCAGAAGGAGAUCAUCAAGAAGCUGAUUGAGAGGAAGCAAGCACAGAUCCGCAAGGUCUACCCUGGCCUGACCUGCUUCAAGGAGGGCGUGCGGCAGAUCCCCAUCGAGAGCGUCCCCGGCAUCAGAGAAACGGGAUGGAAACCGCUGGGGAAGGAGAAGGGAAAAGAGUUGAAGGAUCCGGACCAGCUCUACAACACCCUGAAGAACCUCCUGGCCCAGAUCAAGACCCACCCCAGCGCGUGGCCCUUCAUGGAGCCGGUGAAGAAGUCGGAGGCACCGGACUACUACGAAAUCAUUCGCUUCCCCAUCGACCUGAAGACCAUGACCGAGCGCCUGAAGAACCGCUACUACGUCACCAAGAAGCUGUUCAUCGCUGACCUGCAGCGCAUCAUCACCAACUGCCGCGAGUACAACCCGCCCGACAGCGAUUACUGCAAGUGUGCCAACACCCUGGAGAAGUUCUUCUACUUCAAGCUCAAGGAGGGGGGGCUCAUCGACAAGUAG